UCGAGCCGGCAAGCGGUCAAGGCCAUAAUCAACCCGCGAAAGAAAGAGGAUGGAGAAGACAUGACAAUCGACAUCUUGCCUCGCGCCGUCAAUCGCCUGCAUGCUAUCUCUGUGAAAGAGAACAAUCCAUCCCUAUGCCUCCGCGUCGCGGUAGAAUCAGGCGGCUGCCACGGCUUCCAGUAUCUUAUGUCGACAACAACGCUAGAUGAGAUAUCACAAGAGGAAGAUACAGUUUUCGAGUCGGAAGAUGGUAAAGGAGCCAAAGUGGUCAUCGAUGAGCCAAGUCUGGAGCUUCUAGCUGGCAGCAAGAUCGACUAUACAAUGGAGUUGAUCGGCAGUCAGUUCAAGGUGACGGGAAUUCCAGGAGCUACAAGUAGCUGUGGUUGUGGGUCCAGUUUCGAUAUUCAG